GGGCCGGGCCGCCGCCGUUCCUCCUCGUUCCCGUCGUGCCUUGCGGCGACCUCUGGCGGGCGCGCGCUACGGGAGCCGCCAUGAGCGCGGUCGCCUGGCAACGGCUGCUCGGAGCGGCCUGGGGGGGUCGUGCUGCCGCCCUGUGCCGUGGCCUGUUUACCACCCCCACGAGGCUGCAGGAGCUUGCGAAGGAGGCGGAGAAGCAGAGCGCGACCGACCUGAGCCCUUUAAUCCUGCAGAGGAGCUCCAUGAGAUGGGAUGGAAAGGUCUAUGAAGAGAUCCCAAUAGCUCACAUCAAAGCUACGUACAACAACACCCACAUCCAAGUGGUCAGCUUUGACAACAGGCCGUUUGCCCGCACGUCCUGUGGCACAGAGGGCUUCCAAAAUGCCAAGAAGGGAACUGCCAUCGCGGCGCAGACUGCAGCCAUGGCAGCAGCAGUGAAAGCACGAGGGAAAGGUGUAUUACACGUACGAGUCAUGGUGAAAGGACUGGGACCAGGACGCAAAGCUGCCAUCAAGGGUUUGACUAUGGGGGGUCUGGAGAUCAUCUCCAUCACUGACAACACCCCGGUUCCGCACAACGGCUGCCGCCCACGGAAAGCCAGACGGAUGUGAGGGGAGAACGGAAGACACACUGCAUUCAACAUCAGUUCAAGCAACAGGGACUGGGUUGAACGUUGCUCCUGGGACAGAUUCUGGAAAUCCACCCUCCCUGGAAAUGCUUUCUAAGGGAAGCUUGAAGAAGACAGACCAUCCUGGGCCUUAAAAGCCCGGGUGGUAGAAGCUGGUGGUAAAAGCAGGAAUACGUGUGCUCCCUUAGUGGGAAGCCUCUUGUGUACAAAGUUUGCUGAUUAAAAUGUUGGGUCUUUUGACAGCCGUU